AAACUAUUAAACUACUUGACCGUCACUGGAAGCUUUAUUAAUGAGAGAGCAUUUCCGUUUCCGUCGAAGACUAUCCAGUAACCUUCCUCUUUGUGUGUCAAUUCCGGUGCUCAGUGGCGCCACCUGGCGGUCGUGCGGUGCAACUUUACUUCGUAAGUUGCUCACCGCGCCCUUCCCUCAUUGGCGUUUUAAACUCCGUCGAGGCAACAUCGUGCGCAGCAGACUGUCUCUGCGACCGUUUAAAUAUUAAAUUUAAAAAAUAUAUUUUAAAUUCAGUGUUGAAUAAGUUAGAACAAAAAUUAAAAGUGUAAGUGUAGCACCUACAUUAGUACCUAAUAUGGAGCCUGUGCCGGGCCCGAGUCAUGGGUCGGUCCCUGUGCCAGACCGGGACGGAGGCACCCCCCCGCGCCGCCGCCGCCGCCGUCGCCGCGUCAGCAGCAGCAGCAGCUCCAGCAGCUGCUCGUCCAGCUCCAGCGACACGUGCUCGUCUGCGAAGCGCAGCAAGCGCUCCCGCCGGCACCGCCGUAAGAAGAGUAAGCACGAGAGUCGUACUGAUCAAAGGAUGGAUCAGCUGUUCAAGGAACUGGGUGAGCUUCGCAAAUAUAUUACUCCUUCCGGCAAUACCGACUUGCCGUGUGACGGCAUGCAGGACAAUGACGCAACAUCAGUAUGCUCUGGAGUUAGCGGGCAUCUUUAUGAUAGCGUUGCAGGUUCACAAGACCUCGACCAACGAGAGGAAAGUCCUAAACUGACUAAAGAUUUUACUUUUAGUCUAGAAACUAAAUUAAAAGAACCUUCCGUUCCAAAAACACCUGACGUUUUUCUAAAGAUGCUUUCUGAUGUCCAGCGCCUUGGUAGCACUGCUUGGUCAGAGGUUAGGUACGCCGACACGCAGAAGACUUAUAAUCAUACUCCAGGCUUCAUAGACCUCGAAACAAACGAGGAGGUGAAAAUGUAUGAUACCUUGCGUAAUCAAGCAAAUACAGAGAAGGCCUAUGCUGCCAUCACUUACUGCGUACUAAAGCAAAAAGAGGCAUUACAAGAAAACUUACGUAAUAUUUUAACCUGGGCAAAAGAUAAUGAUGGUAUAACGUUUGAUACUCUAAAUAAUAAGAUUGAUGAGUUGUUCCAAAGUGGCAGUUUCCAUAAAAUUACAUCAGACUUAUUACAAUUAGUCUGCGGUCACCGGGCAGAAAGCAUAGAGAUGCGUCGAGACGCUAUUACCACUCAGGUUCGGGACCCGUUAGUCAAAGCCACCCUUUCUAGGAUACCACCGUCUUCCACAUACUUGUUUGAGUCUGAAUCUUUCACCGCUGCGUUAGAAAAGGCUGGUGGGGUCCGCAAGGCAUUCUGGCCACCGAGGUCAGAACAACAAGCCCAAAAAUCAAGUCAGGGUAACAGCCGCCCCUCGCGGGGGCAGGCGACCCGGAGACAAUCAGUUCCAUCGCGUGGAGCUCAGGGCUUUCAAGAGCCACAUUAUCUGUCUUACAACCCACCCUCGCGGGGUGGAUACAAAUCUAGUGCCCCCACGCAAAGAACUCAACAACUAAGGGUUGAUAAUAGCUCAUAUUCAAGAGCGCCCUUUCAAAAUCGAGGCUCGCGGCCCGAUAGUGGGAGUUCUAGGGGAAGACAGAGUACCCAAAGGGGAAACAAGACAAGACAUAGGGGGUAUAAACAAUGA